AUGAGAUGCAGAUGUGACAAAAAGAGAGCAGCUGAUUAUACGUCUCCCUUGGUUACCAGAGCCAACACCAAGGCUGCUUUCAGUGACAUUGAUAAAGACAGGGACAAUCACGUCUCCAAGGCUGAGUUUACAGAGGCCACAAUGACUUUGUCGAGAACAAGAAGCAGCGUCGCUGAAUUUGACAUCAUGGACGUGAAUAAUGACGACAGGAUUGAUCCGGGUGAAUUCGAUGCCGAGCUGAAAAAACCCGCCAUGUGCAGCUGUGACAAAAAGAGAGCAGUUGAUUAUACGUCGCCCUUGGUUACCAGAGCCAACACCAAGGCUGCAUUCAGUGACAUUGAUAAAGACAGGGAUAAUCACGUCUCCAAGGCUGAGUUUAAAGAGGCCGCAAUGGCCUUGUCGACAAAAAGAAGCAGCGUCGCUGAAUUUGACAUCAUGGACGUGAAUAAUGACGACAGGAUUGAUCCGGGUGAAUUCGAUGCCGAGCUGAAAAAGUAA